UUUAUGAGAUCAUUUUUCAGGAGAAAAACCGAAUGGUGGCUCUCUGCGCUCUGGAAUCCCGCAGAGGAACAAGACAGAAAAAGGAAAACUGAACCUGAGCUGAGUGUUACAGAGCUAAGGGUGUAGAUUUGAGGGAUGAUUUUUGUUUCUGUGAUUUGUUGAGCUGGAAUAUGAGGUUCAAGUUCGUGUUUUGUUUGAUUUGUUCGUGAUUUGGGAAGAUGGGUCGGUGUUGGAAUUUUGUAAGGUAAUACUUUUCUUUAUACAUCAUUUACAGCAGUUGGGAUAUAAAAACUGGUGAUAGAGUUAGCAAGAAACAUAACCAAGAUUGUGGCUGUCAAACAAAUCAUCUGGCUGCUUAACAAGAUAUUACAGCUGUCUUGCUUUAUUAUCAAGCCUCGUGAUUUAGUAUACGUUGCUGUUCAACAAAUUGGAUAAAUUGUCCAGGUUUUGAGAACAGUUUUAUCAGAAAGGAUUGUUACUAAUAGUUCCGGUCUCCAUUGCCUUGGCUAGAUUAAUUUUGUGGAUUGCUCUUAGAUGCGAACAUCCAAGGAACACCAAGGAUCAGGUAAUAUCCACAGAUUGUGCCACCAACCUGCGCAAGAAGUUGAACCUUAUUGCACGUCUCAAUUUCAUAUUUUAGACAACAGUAUGUGUGCUGACAAUAUUAUCAAAAAAGCUCAGUUGUCCCUGCAAACUUGCAAUGAGCAGUUCUUCACCCUUGAAUCAUCUCCAGCCACUGCUGGUUACGUCGGUUAUGAUUCCCCAUCUGGCGUCAGUGUUUCAUCCAAUAGGAGUCCCUUCUCACCACAAGGUUCUCAGUCGUGCCUUUCGGACCCACAUCAAUCCCCCGACAAUAACUAUGGAUCGCCAAUCAGUGGGUCUUCCGGGGUUGAAGAUUCCAACGAGUUGAGGCAUAGACUCAGGGAAUUGGAGGUUUCAUUGCUUGGUCCUGAUUCAGAUAUUGUCCAUGACUGCAGUUGCUCCUUCAGGAAUGGUAGUGCCUGUGUAACAUCUUCCAUGACAAUGUGGAAUCAAAUGGCAGAAAUGAUCCCUAGUUUCGACCUGAAACAAGUGCUCAUUUCCUGUGCACAAGCAGUAUCUGAAGCUGAUGUACAGGCUGCAGUAUUUUUAAUGGAUUUGUUGGGGCAGAUGGUGUCAGUUUCUGGAGACCCAGCCCAGCGCUUGGGUGCAUACCUGUUGGAAGGUCUUAGAGCGAGGCUGGAAUCCUCAGGGAGUUCAAUCUAUAAAGCCCUCAAGUGCGAGGAACCAACAAGCUCAGAACUCAUGUCCUACAUGCAUAUCCUGUAUCAAAUCUGCCCAUACUGGAAGUUUGCCUACAUGUCUUCCAAUGUUGUGAUUGGAGAAGCUAUGAAGGAUGAACCCAGAAUCCACAUCAUUGAUUUCCAGAUUGCUCAGGGCAGCCAGUGGGUGCCUCUAAUCAAGGCUCUUGCAGUUCGACCUGGUGGACCCCCAUGCAUCCGCAUCACUGGCAUUGAUGACUCCCAAUCCGCCCAUGCCCGAGGCGGCGGACUUCACAUUGUGGGUCGGAGACUUGCAGAGCUCGCUGAGUCCUGUGGCAUCCUGUUUGAGUUCCAUGCAGUAGAUAUGUCUGGUUCCGAGGUAGAACUAGAAAAUCUUCAUUUCAGGCAUGGUGAGGCAUUGGCUGUGAAUUUUCCAUUUGUGUUGCAUCACAUGCCAGAUGAGAGUGUGAGCACUAUAAACCCCCGAGACCGCCUCUUGAGGUUGGUCAAGAGCUUGUCCCCUAAAGUUGUAACCCUCGUUGAGCAAGAGUCGAACACAAACACUGCGCCGUUCCUUCCACGAUUCCUUGAGACCCUGGAUUAUUACACAGCCAUGUUUGAAUCCAUCGACGUGGCUCGCCCAAGGGAUGAUAAGCAGCGAAUCAGUGCAGAGCAGCAUUGUGUGGCUCGGGACAUUGUCAACAUAAUAGCUUGUGAGGGGGAUGAAAGGGUGGAGAGGCAUGAACUUUUAGGUAAGUGGAGAUCAAGGUUCUUGAUGGCUGGGUUUACUCCAUAUCCGAUGAGUUCUUCUGUGACCGAAGCCAUCAGGGAUUUAUUGAAGGACUAUAGCCAAAAUUAUAGGAUUGAAGAGAGGUGGGGAGCAGUCUACCUUGGCUGGAUGAACAGAGCUUUAGCAACUUCCAGUGCAUGGAAAGUGUAACUGGUAGUGUAUGAAUGACUUCAGCCUAGUAUCUGUAAAUUUUGCUUCUGUUGUUAACAUUCAAGUAUGAGCCAUGUUGCCUUCUGUUUUUUGAAAUAUCUUCUAUAGAAAAGAGGAGGCCCCUGCGUUAGUUCACCUUGUUCUAAAGCUCCAACUUAAGUCUAAGAUUUUGUUCUCUACACCAUCAAUCAGUCAGCAACAUCCUCUUGUUUCCAUCUACAACUUGACUUGGUUCAGCCAAACAAAUAAACUUUGUCAAUGGCAAUUAGAAGAUAUAUUUUCUUAGAAUAAAUCUAAUUAAAAUAUUUUAGUGUU